AUGAAAAACCCUUUAAAAGAGUAUUUCAGCAAAUCCAUAGAAAAUACUUUUUCCAAAUGCAUAUUAAACGUAAUAACGAAACCAUAUCAGCCGUUCGUCAUCAACGAAAAUGAAGGUUUUGAGAUCGAUUUGAUCAAAGUGAUAGCUUCUAGUUUGAACAUUAAACUAAAUAUCACAUUGGAUACUGCAUCAACUUCUUGGGGUAGAAAAGUAAACGAUACUUGGGUAGGACUUGUUAAAUACGUUUGCAAUGACGGAUAUCUUGGAAUUGGAAAUAUUGCUUAUGGAUUAUUUAUGGACAGACAGUUAAACUUUUUUGGGCUUAAUCAACUAGAGUUAGUAGUUAUUGUAGUACCUAUAGCUCAGUACGUUCCCAGAUGGAGAAUUCUAACAGCAAUAUUUACCGUUGAAAUGUGGGGCAUAUGUGCAGGUACUGUUAUAUUCUUCGCACUCUCAUUUUACUUAUCUGGAAAUCGCAAACAUUCUUUUCUGACCGCGUUUCAGAUCAUAAUUAGCCAUGCUGUGGAUAAAUUCCCCAAAAGAAACGUUCAUAAGAUAUUCUUUACUGGUUUAAGUGUACUCAGCAUUGUUUUAUCCUCGGCAUAUACUUUCUCCAUUUUAAAAUAUUUAAAAAAUCCCAUGAAAGAACAUCAAGUUUCUGAAUAUAGAGAACUACGUGAUGGAGAUUUAAAUUACAAAUGGGGAGGUCUUUCCUAUUAUAAACAGUUUUUCCACAACAAACGUGUUCAUGACGGCUACGAAACUCUUUCUCCAGACAUUGAAAAUGUUGAGUACUGGCUAAGACGAGUUGGAGAAGACAGAGACACUUGGACAGUAGCAAGCAAAACUUACGUAAAAUACCUUAUUGCUAUCGACAGCAACGUAACUGUAGACGAAGAUGGUCAACCAAAAAUAUUUUAUUUCAAGAAACCGGUAAAUACUUACAUGCUCUCCAUUAUGUUACAACGUGGAAAUUAUUUUAACCCUCAUUUUAAACGACUUAUAAAGAAGAUGUUUAGGUUCGGCAUUAUAGAUUACCACUGGAGGACAUACAAAAACAAAAUCUUUCUAAGUAAUGUUAAAUACCAGCAAUCGUUGGGUCACCCGAAAUCUUUAUCUCUUAAUGAUAUACAGGGAGCUUUUGCACUGCUAGUGUUUGGUUACGUAUGCGCUCUAUUAGUAAUCGCGCUUGAACUUAUAUACAAAAAAAUCAGUUUACACAAAAAAUGUUGCAUGACACAAAAGAGCUUUAAAAUGUAUCACAAGGUUAAUAAGAAACCAAGCAAGAAAAAUUUAAAAAAAUGA